GCCGGGCUCUGGGCCACCCUGGUGCUGCUGACGGUGUCGGGCUUCGGCGAAGGGCAGGAGGGCAAACCCUUUGGGGAAACGUGCCUGGACCACUUCACUGCGGGGAUGCCGGACUUCGUGCUGGACACCGACGCCUCCGUCCAGCACGGAGCCACCUUCUUGUCGUCGCCCCGGGUCCAUCGGGGCAGGGACUGCGUCCGGGCCUGCUGCAAGGACCCCGCGUGCAACCUGGCCCUGGUGGAGCAGCGCCCGGGCGCGGGGGAAGACCACAUCCAAGGCUGCUUUCUCCUCGACUGCCUCUACGAGCAGGCUUUCGUGUGCCGCUUUGCCAGGAAGACCGGCUUUCUCAACUACGUGAAGAGGGACGUGUACGAUGCCUAUCUGACAAUACAGGAGCAUGGAUUUGGUGAUGAUCGUCCUCCAAUAGCCCGCACUGGCUUGGACAUGAGAGUACAGCCAGGCGAGGCAGUGUUGCUGAGAGGCACAGAGAGCACAGAUGACCACGGGAUUGUCAGCUAUGAAUGGAAACAGCUCCUUGGUGACCCCUCUGUGGAGAUGAAGAAACAGGAAGAAGAUCAAGUGGAAGUCUCCAACCUACAGGUGGGGACUUACGUCUUCCAGCUUACUGUCGUGGACACCGCGCACCAGCAGGACUUCACCAACAUCACCAUCACGGUGCUGAAUUCUGAACAGACUGAAGAGCACUGUUUGACUCCUAAGAAGGUGGGUCGAUGUCGAGGAUCUUUUCCACGUUGGUUUUACAACCCAAGUCUUCAGCAGUGUGAACAGUUCAUUUUUGGGGGCUGCAAGCCCAACAAGAAUAACUACUUGCGGGAAGAGGAGUGUAAACUUGCCUGCAAGAAUGUUAAAGGUUCUGUUGGUGGAAGACAACAGCCAGUAUGCAAUGGGAACUGUCAGCCCCCCACCUUCAGAUGCAAGGAUGGCUGUUGCAUUGAUGCCUAUCUGGAGUGCGAUGAAACUCUAGACUGUGCCGAUGGAUCAGAUGAGAUGUAUUGUGAACAAUAUGCUCGUGAAUUCAAUAGACUGCAGAAAAUCAAUGUCACAAAUAAGAAAGGUCACUGUGUGGAUUUGCCCGAUACUGGACUGUGCACGGAGAGCAUCCCACGCUGGUAUUACAACCCAUUCGCUGAGAAAUGUGACCGCUUCACCUACGGGGGCUGUGACGGUAACCAGAACAACUUUGGAGAAGAGGAAGAGUGCAUGAAAUCAUGUGCAGGCAUCACAAAAGCAGAUGUCAUUGGCCGGAGAUGGGAAUCAUUUGAGCCCCAAAGUGCUAGCUUAAGUGCCUUUGAGGUGGUGAUUGCUGUGCUCCUUGGGAUCUGCAUCAUGGUGGUCCUGACGAUCAUUGGCUACUUCUUCCUCAAGAAAAGGAAGAACAGUAGACGCCGUCAGCCAGCCACUGCUACCAACUCAACCCUCUCCACCACAGAGGACACUACGCACCUGUUUUACAACGGUGCCACCAAACCAGUCUGACCUACAACCUCUCUCUCUUUCUGGCUCAGCACUGGGACGCUCCCAAGAACUUUUGGAGUUUUGUCUUUAAAUAUGGGCUUGUGCCAGAAGGACUUUUUCUGUUAGAAGAUGUUUGUAGCAUGAGGCCAAGAUCUAGCCAUGAUCUGGCAGUACUACUGAUUGUGAUUGUCUUGGAUAACUGGCUGCUCUGGAAACUGAGGCUUUGGGAGCAUUUUGAUGCUCUCUGAUGUCUGUCCCUUCCCAACUUCAAGCAAUCCAAUGACAACUCUGAAUGACAUCAUUCUUCCUCCUUAAACCUGGGGCAGAACUCAGCUGUUUUUACUGAAGGACCCUGGGACUGAAUGUGUGUAGCAUUUAUAUUGGUGAAUGGUGCAAGCUCACCACAGCCAGCAAUUUUUGUUUGUGCAGUGCCACUUUCCUCUGCCCAACCUCUUAUUUUCCUCCAUUUUCCCUAGACCUUUGCAAGGUGGCCUUGCCUUCCUGUCGUCACUGUGGCCGUGAUGAGUCUCUUGGCGGUUGUGUGCUUUACAUAACCUGUUCUGAAAGCUCUGUGACGCUCUCAAGUCGUUUCCAUUCCUGGGAUGGAAGGAAACAGGGAAAUAUCUGUUUUAAUCAAUAGAUUUUGUUUUUUAACAGAAAAGUGCACCUAGAAUUUUUUGCUUGGCUGCAUGUUACAGCCACCAUUUUCUCUUCAUGAGUUGCCCCGUGCUUUUUCAGUGUUCAGUCGAACCCUGAACACAUUGACAAAAUAUCUAUUUAUUCUCUACUCUUAAGUGAAAUGAAAGGAAAUGUUCCCACUUUUCUGGCUGAUAGUAAGAGGAGAGUGGAAGGACCCAGCUCCCUCAGAGCCAGUCACACCUCUGCUGCUGCUGUGCUAGCCAGCGAUGCCUAGUGCUCCCGAAGAGGCUUCCUGGAAACAUCCUGUCAAAGCACUGCUUGGGGUUUGCAGCUGGGAAGUUUCCUCUGAGGGAGGUGCUUCUCUCUCUUGGGGGAGAAGCACAGUGAAGGAAGGGAACGCAAGGAGGAACCGGAGGGUAACGGCACCUGCCUCAGGGCAGUAUCUGAAGGGCAGCACGUAGCCAUCCCAGGGGUGCUGAAGCUGCUGCGUGGCCCUGGCUGUGCUGCUGAGCAGGGCUGGUGGCUGCAGCUCCUCUAGGAAAUCAGUGCUGUCGCUCUUGUUUUAGUUCUGUCUCCCUGGAGCACACAGCUGCUGCCCUGUGACCUGGUAUCUCCCACAGCGCAGGAACAGGCAGGGCUCAGACGUGACCUUCCUCAUUCCUUCUGUCCUGUCCCUCUUGGUGCAAGAUGAGCCCAGCUCCUGGAGGUCCAACGUUAAUCCCAGGCCAAGAGGCAGUUUGUGAAAUUCCCCCCAUCUGCGAGGUCCUAUAUGUUCAUUUAUAGGCUGUCAUAGCAGGAUGCUCCUCAGCUUUGUACUGCUAUUUCUCUGAAGUCCAGGCUUGUACCUCUGGGAGCUGAAGACUUCUGUUAGGGGCAGAAGCUGCCAUUUCCGAAGUGCCUAGUAAGCUUUAUUCAGUGUGGGAUUUGCAUCAACCCUAAAUUCCCUACGCUUGCUGCUCUUAGAAAAUUCCUGCCACGAAGAGAGAAGAAAGCCUUGUAUUUGAGUGUAUGUGUGUGCAUGAGUGUGUAUGUGUGUGUUUGUGGGCAGUGUAAGAAAGCGUAAGAGUAUGUACAAAUUUUAGUUUAAAUAUCUGGACCCUGGUGCACGGGGUCAUCCCUUUCAGGGCCAAGGGUACAGCGGCUCUGGAAGACCGUGGUGAAGCCAUGCAGGGCUCAUCUGAGAGCUCGGGUCCUCUCAAGUGCAGCUCCAGGAGAGCUGCCUCUUUAGGCCGAUGCCUGGGCUGGAAGGGAGGAAACAACGGCCCGCAGACCACUGGCAAAAUCUGACUGCAUGCUUCUCCCUUUCACAGGGGGGCUCAUGCUCAUGGAUAUCUGCCUCAGUAUCCCUGAGGCAGGUCAGAUACUCCAUGGCUUUUCUUGGUCUGUCUAGUGUUACUUCUUCCGUUUCUUUUUUUUUUUCCCCCUCACAGCCCCUAUGGCCUAUGUAAUAAACCUAACAUCUUGAUUUAUUUUUUGUGCAUUCACUCUGAUAAUACAAGUUGUAAUA